AUGAAAAUCUUCGUCUGUUUGCUGGCUCUGGGAGCUGUGGCCCAUGCAGGAUUCAUUGGAGGAGCAGGUGGUGGCGGUGGAGGAGGAUAUGGCGGUGGAUCUCACCAUGGCGGCGGCGGCGGCGAUGGAGGCUACAGCUAUGGCGGUGGCUCUGAUCACGAUCAUCAUCAUGGAGGUGGUGGAGGUGGUUCCCCGCCCGUCAAAAUCAUCAAAGUGAUCCACGAAUCCGCUCCAACUGGUGGUGCAGGAGGCUGGCAAUCAGGAGGAGGCGGUGGUGCUGGAGGUUGGCAAUCUGGAGGAGGCGGUGGUGCAGGAGGCUGGCAAUCUGGAGGAGGCGGUGGCUAUGGAGGUGGAAGCUCCCAUGGCAGUGGUGGCGGCCAGGAGAUCAAGAUCAUCAAGAUCAUCUCGCAGCAAGGAUCGGCUGGUGGUCAUGGAGGCGGCUAUGGUGGUUCAUCUGGCGGCGGUGGAUAUGGUGGCUCAUCCGGUGGUGGUUGGUCUUCGGGCGGUUCUGCCGGUUGGUCAGCGGGUGGUGGUGCUGCUGAAGCUCCCACAGCUGUGAAGAUCAUCAAAAUUAUCUCCGAGUCGGACUCUGGAGCUGGUGACGCUGGUGGCUGGUCUUCGGGUGGUGCACCCAGCGGUGGUUGGUCUUCUGGUGGUGCACCCAGCGGUGGCUGGUCUUCGGGUGGUGCUUCCAGUGGUGGUUGGUCACCUCAGGGUGGUGGUGCCGGCAGCUGGUAA